AUGAUGUUAGAUGUUGUAAAUAUUGAGAAAGAAUUGGCUUUGCAAAAUAAUAAUAAUAUUCCUGAAUUGCAAUUACUUUUCACUUUAAAAAAAGGAAUGGAUAGAAGACGUUUUAAUUUUCAAACAACAAAUGAGGUUGCUGCUAUUUUUAAUACAAAUUCUGAAGGAGAAAUUCCUGAAUCCUAUGUGACAAUUUAUAAUAAUUCUUCAAAAUCUUUGCAAUUAGUUAAUAGCUUGGACCCAAAUGUUGAGCCUUGGACAUAUCCCAUAUUUUAUCCCAAAGGAUCUAUGGGGUACGAUAUAAAUAUGCUUCGAAAUGACAAGGAAUCAUGGUUAAAAAAACACAAAAUUAGUAGAGCAGAUUAUUUGAAAUUCCGUAUAGCUGUCAGGGAUGAAUUUAAUCCUUUCUUAUUAGGUGGAAGAUUAUUUCAACAGUGGUUAGUUGAUAAUUACGUUAAAGUUGAGAAAGAUAGACUGCAUUAUUUUAAAAAUAAUCAACUAAAAAUAAGAUCAGAAUCAUAUAAAGGUUUAGUUGAUUAUUUACAACAUAGAGCUGAUGAAAGUGAUACACAUGUAGGUAAAUUAAUUGUAUUGCCAUCAACUUUUAUAGGAUCUCCAAAAAAUAUGUCACAGUUAUAUCAAGAUUUUAUGGCAAUUGUUGGUAAACAUGGCAAGCCAGACUUAUUUAUAACUAUGACAUGCAAUCCGCAAUGGAGGGAAAUUGUUGAAAAUCUUUUACCCAAUCAAACAGCGUCUGAUAGGCCAGACAUUGUUGGAAGAGUUUUUUCUUUAAAAGUCGACUGCUUAUUAGAUGUUAUUGUUAAAAAAAAAUUGUUUGGUGAGGUAUUAUCAUACGUAUCUGUCAUUGAGUUUCAAAAAAGAGGUUUACCUCAUAUUCAUUUGUUAGUUAUAUUAAAGCAAAAUUCUAAAUUGUUGACAGCUGAAAGUGUUGAUCGUUAUAUAUCUGCAGAAAUUCCUGAUAUUAAUUUAAAUCCAAUUUUACAUAAGACUGUAAUAAAACAUAAUAUUCAUGGACCUUGCGGAGAUUAG